AGCAUAACGAUUUUACGUUUGGUUUGGUUCUGAUGUCAGUCAGUCAGUCAGAGUGCCAGAUAGUAGUAUCGUCUGUUAAGUCUAUUUUGUUUGUGGUUUAAUUAUUUUUACAUUUCGUACCCCAACGAGAUUCCACGUAAAACUUUCUUUAUAAUAAUAAUAACAGUUAUUUUCUUAACACAGUAUAUGCCUGGAUUGCCAUAUAUAAUUUAUUUAUCGUAUAGUAAUUGUUUGUGCAUUUGUCUGAGCGGGCGGACUUGUAUUUCGUGGCGACGCAGUUUGUCAUGUCAAGUGAGAAAGUAUCUGGACAACAAGAAUCCACUAUGGGGAGUUCGCAGGCUCUACAGCCGGCUGAUGAUGAAAACGCGAAGUCGUGUUGGGUGUGUUUUGCCACUGAAGCUGAUGACAGACUUGCAGCUUGGGUGCAACCGUGCAAAUGUAUUGGCACUACAAAAUGGGUGCACCAGAGCUGUCUCCAACGGUGGGUGGAUGAAAAACAGCGAGGCAACAUAACACGCAAAGUUCUGUGUCCACAGUGUAAAGCAGAAUAUAUAGUAGUGUUUCCAUCAAUGGGCGCGUUUGUGGCACUACUCGAUGCUAUGGAGGAGAUCACCCACAAGAUCUGUCCCUUCAUAGCGGGCGGGGUGCUUCUCGGUUCUAUAUAUUGGAUUGCGAUUACGUACGGAGCGGUCACUGUUAUGCAGGUGGUCGGUCACAGAGAGGGUCUCGAGAUGAUGGAGUCUGCUGACCCCUUGGUGCUACUAGUCCUAUUACCUACCAUACCGGUGACGCUGAUCAGCGCGAAAAUGUAUAAUUGGGAGGACUCUGUACUCCUAUUCCUUAGAAAGUACUGUGCUAAAAUACCCGCGCUUUCUUACAUAUUACCUUUUGGAAACGUGGAAGGCGACAGAGGUGCCGUAGUGACAAAUCCAAACAACAACCAGUAUCCAAGCGCCAGCUCACACCUAUCUCCCACUAGGAUAUUCUGCUCAGCGCUCCUGCUACCCACGAUUUCUACAAUCAUAGGCAAAAUAUUUUUCCGAUCUAUACAAAAUAACUUGCACAGGACCAUACUCGGCGGUCUCACAUACAUAACCAUCAAAGGUGCAUUGAAAAUAUAUCACAAACAAAUGUUGUACAUAAGACAUUCCAGUAGGAAGAUUCUAGACUAUACAGAGUCUAACUUGAAGUUGUAUAGGAGUAACACAACAAGCACUGACGCGAUGUCGAGCACAAGGGACGACUCCGAACAGGUUGUAUAAAAUGGUAUAAAUUGUAGUACAUAAUAGCGUACGUAUGGUUUGUUCCAAUUAUCUUAAGUAGGGUAAAGUACCCAGUUAACGGCUGUCGAUUGAUCAGUGCAUAUAUGAUUCGAUAUUUCACACAUUUCGGGUUCAAUAUUUUUUUACAAUUGAUUGAUUGAUUUUGUAAUGUUAUAUUAUAUUCGAACAUUUUUAUAUACCAUGUAAUUGUUUUUUUUUCUACGCAGUCGUGUAGAGAUUUUUUUUUUCCUUUUGGGAUGAUUGUAAUUACAUUAUUGAGACUAGUCGUAGCCGAGUAUGAAAUAUAUUGGAAACGAAGAUGCUCAAAGAAGUUUUAAAUAAAUGUGGAACUCAGUACUUUUAUAUAAUUUGUCAAUAUCAAGACAUACGUAAUUUGGGCACUUCAUCCUACACUUUGAUUGUUUA